AUGUCCUCUAUGCUGCAGAGCCCUCAGACAGAUAUGAGGCGUACGGAAUUCUCAAAAUUUGUCAACCUACCUCUUGAAACUGUCGUCCAUAUCUUGGAGCAGCUGCGGGCUCGUGACAUUCUCGCUGUUGGAGCGACAUGCCACCGACUCAAAUUAUCUGUCGACCAGUCGAGCGCGCUUCAGCUCAUCAGAGAGCUCGCAGUGGAAGGCUUGAGAUUGCGAACAUACCCUCCGGCUAAUCAACCUUGUGGUCUGAAGACAAUGUCACCAGCAGAGCGACUCGACGCGUUUCGACGCGCCUUACAGAGUUCUACGCAGGCGACGGACGACCUUGCGUACAAGUUUGACUGUGAGGGUGUAAGCUACGCGACUCAAGCUGGUAUUCUCUGCUACACGACGUCUCUAGAUGGACAAGUCUCCGGUGUCGUCAUCCAGAGUCUGUGGGAAGACGCGAGCGGUGAACCGUGGAGAUGUUUUGAUGACCUCGGCGUGAUUAUCGACACGUUUGCGUUUGACGUGUACGAGAAUCUACUCAUUCUCAUAUCUCCGCCCCAAACCGCAGACGAAAGUUCCAGGAUCCAUCUUCGCUCCUCGAACACAGGCUUGGACCAUCCAAGUGCAUCCAAAGCCAUUCUCGAGCUCGACUCCGAGACUUACGAUUCUGGGAAGACAAUUAUUCUUGUUUCAGGACACAUACUGGUAUAUUAUGGCCCUGGCUACGAGGGGUGGGGUUGCAUGAUUGUAUGGGACUGGAGAGUAGGAGAAAUACUAUUCAAGGUGCUCGAUAAUGUCGGAGGUGUGGCCUUGAUCUCAACUAGCCUUCUUCUUUGGGUUGAACACAGUUACACGAGAGCCCAUUCUCAAAUCUGUCUCCGAGAUGUUACAGACUCCGGAUCGAUUAUUCUACGCCUCGCGUUGGAGAACGAUCCGCUUCGUUUCGCGGAGCGCGGGCUUCGCCCGUCUGUCAUUUUCAUGUCCUCGAUGCCUGAGCGUGACACCCCAAGCCUUCCCGUGGAUGUUCCCUUGAGUCCUUACAUUCACGACGAGACAGCGGAUGCAAUCGUAUGCAUCCAUUCAGAGAGCCAGAACAUCUUCAAUAUCGUGCGUACCCAGGCUCUGUUGAGCCUUUUCAAAGAGCAAACAUUGGCCUCAGUAUCGAACAAAAGCGUAUUCAUCGAACAGGGGCUCCAGUCUGGAGUUGUUCCUCGCGACGAGUGGAGCAAAAACGUAGCAUUUCGCAUAUACUCGGGUAUCCUACAACCACUCGACGCACACUGCACGGCGAUCUCACAAGCGCGCCUUGCUCUCCUUGGGCUCACCAAGGAGAUAUUCCUAUCUAGGCCAUCUCUUGGAGAUCAGAAAGAGUGGGAGCAGGAGAUCGAUUCCGGCGGUGUUUUCGUCGCGGUCGUCGACUUUAACAGUCGUCCAAUUCGGCUCGCCAAUGCCAAGCGAGGAGAGAAGGAAAGUGACGAGUCUGGUCUAUUCUUGAGCUAUAUGCUCAGCACUGAUGAUGAGGAACUCUGGCAUCGACUCGCUAUUCCCCCGAGACCGAUCUCUGAGGACCAGGAGAUCACGAUGGGCUCGAACCAUAUCCUCACUGUACAGUUAGAUGAUCUCUACCGUUCUGGACGGUGUACGAAGAUGAUGGGAUCUCUAACGACUAAUGUCUUGGCCAUUUCCGUGGUGCUCGCAGUGAGCAUAUACGUACGGGUGUAG